CGACUAAAAUGACUCUUGAAUCAUUGAGGAUGACAAUUAAAGAGACUUUGCCAAGGAUAAAUAUGACACUGACAAUUGGGUUGAAUCCAGUCGAGUCGGAUAUAUUAGAACCAUCAAAUCACAAGAUUGGUGUCGUUGAUAAAUUUCCUCGUUUUUAUAAGCUUGUACCAAUUGCCGGUAAUACUAGAUUCCUUUUGGUACCAUUGCCAUUAGGUGUAUUUAAAAGCGCGCAGACGCCUGGUGAUAUGAUUAGUUCGAUUAGCGGAGCUGUUCAAUCUGCAGCCAAUUCAGUCAAAGUUGUCAAAGGUGUUAAAUUAAUCCAGGAGUGUAACUUACAAGUUCCAGCAGACGGAACACCAUCGCCUGCUUCGCAGUGCUCCAGCUCGCCGCAACAACAGCGAUCAUACAGCCAAUAAACAACCAUAAUGGCAUUCUGGUAUUAACUGAAGCAAAAGCUCAAUAUCAAAUUGACACGUAUCAUCUAGCAGUUAUAUACAACACCACAAAACUUAGAGAUAUAUACGUAGAUAUAUGUAGUUAUUAUUAUACUAUAAAACUAAAA